AUGGCUGCGUCGGCCUUGUUGAAGAGCCGCAUUCGCCGGCCGUCGUACCUGAGCAAACUGGCCAAGCCUGAAGACCUCAUCGAGCUGUUUCCUCAUGGCUCGUACAUCGGCUGGUCGGGCUUUACGGGUGUGGGAUACCCAAAAAUGGUUCCUACAGCCCUAGCCGACCACGUGGAAAAGAACAACCUGCAGGGACAGUUAAAGUACUCGCUGUUUGUCGGUGCUUCGUCUGGCGCAGAGACGGAGAAUCGAUGGGCUCGGUUGAACAUGAUUGAGCGUCGCAGCCCGCACCAGGUUGGCAAGGACAUCGCCAAGGGGAUCAACAAUGGCAAUAUCAAGUUCUUUGAUAAGCAUCUCAGCAUGUUUCCGUCGGAUCUGGUCUAUGGAUGGUACACAAGAGAGCGACCGCACAACAGGCUGGACGUGACCGUCAUCGAGGCGACUGCCAUCACUGAAGAUGGUGGUAUUAUUCCAGGAGCCUCUGUCGGAGCAUCACCCGAGCUGGUCCAGAUGGCCGACAAGAUCAUCAUCGAAGUCAACACCGCCACGCCUUCGUUUGAAGGUCUACACGAUAUUAGCCUUUCAGACAAGCCUCCCCGGCGGAAGCCCUACCUGAUCCUUUCCCCCGAAGAUCGCAUCGGCACUCCCCAUAUCCCCGUCGACCCGGAAAAGGUGGUGGCUAUUGUCGAGUCGGACUAUCCCGACGCAACCCAGCCCAAUGCGCCAGAAGACGAGAGCUCGCGUGCCAUUGCAGGCAACUUGAUCGAGUUCUUGCAGCACGAGGUCAAGAUGGGCCGGCUGCCGGAGAGUCUCCUCCCGAUCCAGUCGGGCAUUGGCAACAUCGCCAACGCGGUGAUUGGAGGACUGAGCCAUGGAGCGAACUUCCGCAACCUCAAGGUGUGGACUGAGGUUCUGCAGGAUUCCUUCCUCGAUCUGUUUGACAGCGGCCAUCUAGACUUUGCCACGGCCACGUCGAUCCGCUUCUCGCCAGAUGGAUUCAAGCGCUUCUACGAUGGAUGGGAGCACUACUCCCCGAAGCUGCUUCUCCGUUCACAGCAGGUAUCCAACUCGCCCGAGAUUAUCCGUAGACUGGGAGUGAUUGGCAUGAACACCCCCGUCGAAGUCGACAUUUAUGCGCACGCCAACAGCACUUGCGUGAUGGGGUCUCGCAUGCUCAACGGACUCGGUGGCUCGGCAGAUUUCCUGCGCAAUGCCAAGUACAGCAUCAUGCACACUCCCAGCACACGGCCGACCAAGACCGAUCCAACGGGCAUCAGCUGUAUCGUGCCCAUGUGCACCCACGUCGACCAGACCGAGCACGAUCUCGACGUCGUGGUGACAGAGCAAGGCCUGGCUGAUGUCCGGGGUCUGUGUCCUCGCGAGCGCGCGCGCGUCAUCAUCGACAAGUGUGUGCAUCCAGACUACAAGCCCAUCUUGCAAGACUACUACGACCGGGCCGAGUUUGAGUGUUUGAAAAAGGGUAUGGCCCAUGAGCCCCACAUGCUCUUCAAGGUGUUUAAGAUGCAUCAGAACAUGGUUGAGAAGGGUACUAUGAAGCUUGACUCUUGGGAGUAG